CAGAUUUUGCUUGCAACAGCUCCUUCAAACACCGGGACGGCUCUCGUUUCCUCAACAAACAGCUUUCUGAACACAUUCACAGCCACACACACACACAGGUGUGUGUGUGGCGCACAUUCCCUGAUAUCUGUGCCAGAACAGGAAUUGGGCUUUAUUUGUGCACUAGUUGAUCCUUUCCAGGGACAUUGCAGGAACGUGCCAAGAAAGAGACAUUUCCGUCUUCAUCCUGGGUUUGCGUGUGUGUGUGUGAGAGUGUGUGAUGUGUGUGUGAACGGGGCUCGCCAUGCGUCCUCACAGGCUGACUCUGCUGCUCUGCUUUGGCUUUGCCCUCUGCCUCUGUCUAGCUGUGGCUCAGCAGCGCUCCGCCGUCCAAGGGGGUUCGGAGCGGAUCAAAGUGCUCUUCACCCCCACCAUCUGCAGGCUGCACUGCACGCAGGGACGCUGCACCAACUACUGCGAGCGUGGAAAUGUCACCACUGUCUACAACCGUGAGCAGACAGGACAGACGCCGCCUGGAUCCGGCUUCAGAGUGUUCGUGUGUCCGAUGUUGUGUAAGAACGGAGGAGUGUGCGUACAGAAGGAUCAAUGUCUCUGCCCACCCAACUUCACUGGGAAGUUCUGCCAUAUCCCCGUCUCCACCAAUCACAUCGAGAGACCGGCGACGAGUGCUGCCGAUUCAUCCAGUCAGCCGAUGAUGUCCGAGUACAUACUGCCUCUGCAGAUGCCUGAGCAGAUCAACACCAAUGCGUCCCCCAUGGUGAAGGUACGAGUCCAGCACCCUCCAGAGGCCAGUGUGAAGAUCCACCAGGUGCUGAAGGUGGGUUACGGCUCCACCGUCCACGAGCACUCGGAAACCGUGACUUGGUCCGCAGGGCUCUCGGGGGCCCGUCCUCACCAGCUGCCGGGAGAGAGAGCCGAGGCGCCACCGCCGAGGGUUCAAGCCCAGACCAUACGCAGGGAUUCAGUCUACACCGAGACGUCUGGCUACAAAUACUGCUUCAGAGAAGUGCGCAACGGACAGUGCAGUUCUCCGUUACCUGGUCUGAGGAGUCAGGAGAUGUGCUGCAGGGGUGUUGGGAAGGCCUGGGGCAUCAACGAAUGCACGCUCUGUCCCGCCGUCUUAGGAAACACUGUUAAUGGACAGGGAAGCUGCCCAAAAGGCUUUGAGAGGGUCAACGGGACGCAGUGUGUGGAUAUUAACGAGUGUUUGCAACCGGGUUUCUGUGAAAAUGGGAACUGUGUUAACACCCGAGGGAGCUACAGUUGUGUCUGCAAAGAGGGCUACUUAUUGGACGCCUCUCAUGGGAUCUGCAUCUCGCAGAAGGUGAUCUCGGAGGAGAAGGACCAGUGUUUCCGUAUCCUGAACCAGGGCUCCUGUUCUCUGCCCAUCCUGAAGAACAUCACCAAACAGAUCUGCUGCUGCAGUCGAGUGGGCAAAGCCUGGGGCAAGAGGUGUGAGUUAUGCCCGUACUUCGGCUCAGCUGCCUUCAAAGAGAUCUGUCCUGCUGGACCGGGCUACCAUUAUUCCGCUUCGGCUGUCAAGUUUAACCAGAGGCUAGCCAAGAUGCUUGACACCGGCGGGCCGCCCCUGGUCUCCGAAAGUGGCCACACAUCCACCAAGGACACAGUAUCCCAACCCGAAAGCUCCAGGACUCACUCUGUAAUCUCACAGUCAGCCCGAAUCCAACAAGUGCCAUAUUCGCCGACCAACACGCAGACCAUCCGAGUCCAGCACAGUCCUACAAGACCACAGCAAGCUGACACGGGUUCACAGACCGGUUCGGUAAUCAUUAUAACUCAACCAAAACCAAACAUGUCAACAAGUGGCGGCUCUCAAACCACAAAUGCCAGACCUCAGCAGCCUUCCAGAGUCCGUCCUGGGAGCGCGGCCACCACAACCAGCCAGCCGGCCAGAGUGAACACACCUGUUGUACGGAUGCAGACCAGCCGGCCCUCGGUUAACAGACAGCCGGUAUCACCAGCCAGACCUCCUCCUGUACCGGCUACAACCCGACGACUUCCAGCUAGACAAGAUGGCCGAGUGUGUGAAUCGAGACCUCAGGUGUGCGGUUCGGGUCGCUGUAUUGACCUGCCAGGCGGUCGACACACAUGUGUGUGUAACACUGGAUAUAUCCUUAACCCUCAGCAGGGCCACUGCCAAGAAAUGAACGAGUGCCUGCUGACGCCCCGGCCGUGUUCUGUGGGUCAGUGUGAGAAUACAGAGGGAAGCUUCCGGUGCGUUUGUCCAUCAGGAUACCAGACCAACUCCCAGCAGACCCUGUGUGUCGAUUUGGAUGAGUGCCGUCAGGUGCCCAAUCCCUGUGUUAACGGCCGCUGUGAAAACACACUGGGCAGCUUCAGGUGUUUGUGCAGGACUGGAUACAAGCUACAGGACAACAGCUGCAUAGACAUAGAUGAGUGUGUCGACCCCCUGCGCUGUCCGGGUCAGGAGUGUGUGAACUCUCAGGGCUCUUACAGGUGUGUCUCCUGCAAGCCGGGCUUUGAUCUGCUCAACGGACAAUGUUCAGAUAUUGAUGAAUGUCGCCAGACGCCGUCACCCUGUCCGGAUGGCCGCUGUGAAAACACACCAGGCAGCUACAGAUGCUCAUGUCGAACAGGUUACAGAUUCCAGGUCAACACCUGUGUGGAUGUGAAUGAGUGUGAGGAUCCAUCCCAGUGUCCCGGACAGGAGUGUGUGAACUCUCGGGGAUCGUAUCGCUGUGUGUCAUGCAGGCCUGGGUUUAGCCUUAAAAACAGAGCAUGUUCAGAUAUCGACGAAUGCCGUCGGACGCCGUCUCCUUGCUCUAACGGACUGUGUGAAAACACGCUUGGCAGCUUCAGGUGUGUGUGCAGAACCGGCUACAGACUGCAGGGCGGCUCCUGCACAGAUGUGAAUGAGUGUGAGGAUCCAUCCCAGUGUCCCGGACAGGAGUGUGUGAACUCUCGGGGAUCGUAUCGCUGUGUUUCAUGCAGGCCCGGAUUUAGCCUUAAAAACAGAGCAUGUUCAGAUAUCGACGAGUGUCGUCAGACUCCUGAUGUGUGUGUUAACGGCCGCUGUGAGAAUAACAUGGGCAGCUACAGCUGUGUGUGUCGCCCUGGAUUCAGACUGGAGAGAAACAUCUGCACAGAUGUGAACGAGUGUGAAAAUGAGCUUCAGUGUCCAGGAAAAGAGUGUGUGAACUCGGUCGGCUCCUUCAAGUGUGUCUCCUGUCAGCCGGGCUUUGAGCUUCUUGACGGCCAAUGCCAAGAUAUAGAUGAAUGCAGUCAAAACCCCAUGCGCUGCACUAAUGGCCAAUGCAUGAACACUCCCGGCAGCUUCAGGUGUGUGUGUGACCUGGGCUUCAGUCUACAGGACGUCACAUGCACAGACAUUGACGAGUGUUUGGACGCGCUGCAGUGUCCCGGUCAGCAGUGCCUCAACUCUCCGGGCUCGUAUGAGUGCGUUCCCUGCAGAGACGGACACAGCAUGCAGAACGGACGCUGCUCAGACAUUGAUGAAUGUGCGAGUCCUCACCUGUGUGGGCCGCAGAGCGUGUGCAUGAACACAGACGGCUCGUACCGCUGCGACUGCUCUCCGGGAUACAGAGCGGCCGGGCCGCGGCGCCAGUGCCGAGACAUUAACGAGUGUCUGGAAGGAGAUUUCUGCUUCCCGAGCGGAGAGUGUGUGAACACGGAUGGAUCGUAUAAGUGUGUUUGCGCGCAGGGCUACAAGAGCGCCGCUAACGGGACGUCCUGCCAAGAUGUGGAUGAGUGUGUUCAGGAGGGAGUUUGUCAGGAUGGCCACUGCACAAAUACUGAGGGAUCGUUCCUGUGCCACUGCCAAACUGGCUUCACCACCAACCCAGAGAGAACAGUCUGCCUGGAUGUGAACGAGUGUCUGCACUCAGAGGGGCUGGUGUGUGGAUCCCAGCGCUGUGAGAACACCAUCGGCUCGUUCCGCUGUGACGCAUCCUGCCAGCCCGGAUACCACAUCACCGCCUCCGGAGAGUGUGUGGACAUUAACGAGUGCGCUAACGAGACGGUGUGCGGACAUCACGCCUUCUGCCAGAAUCUGAUCGGCACGUAUCAGUGUCUGUGUGACCAGGGCUACGAGUCCACCGGCGACGGACAGAUGUGUGUGGACAUAAACGAGUGUGAGACGAUGCAGGGUGUGUGUGGCUUUGCACGCUGCUGGAACGUCGAGGGCUCGUUCACGUGUGAGUGUGAGAACAGACAGGAGGAAUUCGACCCGCUCGCAGGCCAGUGUGUGAACAGAGAGAGCACAGGUCGGUCGGGGCCGUCUGGCGGAGACUCCUCGUCCUCAACUGGCCACGGUUCGUCUGGAUCGUCCGGCUCUCUGCCGCAGACUCGACCUGGAGAAACGAGAGAGUGUUACUAUGGCGUAUCUGAGCCGUACUCCUGCAAGAUACUGGCCCCAAACACCACGCUGCAGGAGUGCUGCUGUACAGCGGGACAGGGCUGGGGCCUCAUGUGCCAAUAUGACGUCUGUCCCGAGACUGGAACAGCGGACUUCCAGUCGUUGUGUCCCAGUGGAAGAGGGUACGUCACCACGGAAACGGGAGCGUUCAGCUACAAGGAUGUGGACGAGUGUAAGCUGUUUGACCCGGAGGUGUGUAAAGGCGGCGUGUGUGUCAACAACAUUCCCGGCUAUGCCUGUUACUGUCCCAGCGGAUUCCACUACGACACGGAUCUGCUGGAGUGCAUCGAUAAUAAUGAAUGUGAGAGUGAGGAGACCUGCACUGGCGGUCAGUGUGUAAAUACACUGGGAAUGUUUUACUGUACAUGUGCGCCCCCUCUAGUGCUGGACGACACACAGCGCAACUGUGUCAAUGCAAGCGGCCUCGCUGAGGUAGAGGCCUAUGAGGCCCUGUGUAAUGAGUUCGGUCCUCCUCCUUACUCUCCUCGUUACGAUGAGCGGUACAGCCCCCCAGAGUACCCCGAACCCCUGCCGGGACGCCCAGACUACAUGCCACCUAAUUAUGAUGACUACAGUCCUGUGGGAGCGAGUGGACGGCGGUCGGGGCUGAGAGGCAGAACACCCAGCACAUACGGACUCCCAGACGCCCCCUACAGGCAGCCGGCCACAGGUGGAAGUCGUUACUAUGAGGAGGACGAUUAUGAAACCGCGCCCGGCCCUCCUUUCGACAUCCCGGAUCCUCGCGGCGAGCGGAUGUUCGACGCGCGACCCCUGCCGCCCCGUCCAGACGGGCUUCCACUCAGCUUGGCCCCGUUUCCGGAAAACUCCCCAUACAGCGAGGCAGAGGAGGCGGAGUCAUGGAGAGCCCCGCCCCCAUUCCCAAUGUUUCCCGAGAUACGGGAGGGACCACGACGAGUCUAUGAGCGGAGAUAUGAAUCCUACGGGAGUCUGAGUUCAGAAGAGUGUGGCAUUGUCCACGGCUGUGAAAAUGGCCGCUGUAUCCGCGUGGAGGAAGGUUACACGUGUGACUGUUACGACGGCUAUCAGCUGGACAUCACUAGCAUGACCAAUGGCUCAUAG